AUGCCGUCUACUCAGUUCGCCUUUAAGGAGAAAUACCGAUACCAGAAUGGCUUCAACUCCUACCAUGAGACUGAAGCAGUAGAGGGCGCGCUGCCAAUCGGCGCAAACUCUCCUCAAAAACCUCCAUAUGGCCUCUAUGCCGAGAAGCUCUCAGGCACUGCCUUUACAGCCCCGCGUCACGAAAACCAGCAAACAUGGCUCUACCGCAUCCUACCCUCGUGCGGACACAGCAACUUCGAACCUCGCGAGUCGAAAACUUUCAACACGAACCCCGAGAACAAACCUUGGGAGAAGAUACACUACAUUCCAAAUCAGCUACGAUGGGACCCUUUCGAUCUCGAUGAGACGGUAGACUGGGUGCACUCACUACAUUUAGUGGCUGGUGCUGGUGACCCUACAAUGAAGUCGGGUGUUGGAUACUUCAUCUAUGCGGCAGGGAAAGACAUGGAGGCUAAUGAGGCCUUCUACUCGGCUGAUGGCGACUUCUUGAUCGUGGCCCAACAUGGCGUGCUUGACAUCCAAACCGAGUUGGGUCGCCUCAUCGUACGUCCCAACGAGAUAUGCGUCAUACCGCGAGGCAUUCGGUACCGUGUCACGUUGCCAGAAGGUCCCGUGCGAGGCUACAUCUUGGAGCUAUAUCAAGGCCACUUCACACUUCCUGAGCUGGGACCUAUCGGCUCCAACUGCCUCGCCAACGCGCGAGACUUCCAAGCGCCCAUAGCCGACUUUGAUGAAGACACCGAAACGGAAUGGAGCAUCCUCGCCAAGUUUGCCGGACACCUCUACGCCGCGAAGCAGAGACACACGCCGUUCGACGUGGUCGCAUGGCAUGGACUCUACUACCCUUACAAAUACGAUCUUGGGCGCUUCAACACCAUAGGAUCCAUCUCGUUUGACCAUCCAGACCCGUCCAUAUUUACCGUUCUCACUGCGCCAACAGACCGGCCUGGCACAGCAGUAGCCGACUUUGUCAUCUUCCCGCCACGGUGGUUAGUUGCUGAGGGCACAUUCCGGCCACCAUGGUACCACCGCAACACCAUGUCAGAGUUCAUGGGACUUAUUGGUGGCCAGUACGACGCGAAGACUGGUGGAGGUUUCCAGCCCGCCGGUGCUUCUCUUCACAAUGUCAUGUCAGGACAUGGACCUGAUGCUGCGACUCAUGAGAAAGCAUCUAAUGUCGAUCUGCAACCCAACAAGGUGGGUGAGGGAAGCAUGGCGUUCAUGUUCGAGAGCUGUCUUAUGAUUGGCGUGACGGAUUGGGGUCUCACAAAGUGCCAGAAGAUACAAGAGGGCUACAAUGCGGAAAGCUGGGAGCCAUUGAAGCCGCAUUUUAAGAGGCCUGGUCCUAAGAAGAUUGAUAACAGCGUCUCACCGCUGGCGGCAGGAUCCGAGGGCGAUAAAGGCCAAGUGCCUCACUAUACCUGA